CAAACCUCUAAUAGCAAACAACAGUAAGGUGAUUUUAUUUCGAUCAAACAAUGACUUUUGUUAACCUCGCUUCUUUAGUUGUUUUGUUUGCCACAUUCGGCAUGUUUCUGACAAAGAACGUAGGAGCAUUAUGUGAUGGUACUUGUUCUUUAAGUGAGCCGACAGACUGUGCCUCUGGAUCUCGUUCUUGUAAGUGUCUUCCUAUUAUGUCUCCAUUUGAAGGUGUAUGCAUAGAGGGAAUUAGAGUUGAUGUGAAGACUAUUGAGGAACACCCUAACUUAUGCAAAUCUCAUGCUGAUUGCAUUAAGAAGGGGAGUGGAAACUUUUGCGCUCGUUAUUCUAAUCCUAAUAUUGAGUAUGGAUGGUGUUUUGCCUCUAAAUAUGAAGCAGAAGACGUUUUCUUAAAGAUGUCCUCAACCUAUAAAUUCACAAAAGACUUCUUGAAGAAUGUUGUCACUGCUUGAUAUUGAGAUCCAAAACAUUACCGUGCAUGCAAGAUAUGAUGAAGUUUUUUUUUUUUGUUUUUUUAAAUAAACUGUCCUUGUUUGCAACUUAUGAGUUGGACUCCUUAGAUAUCUAUCCCAAAUUUCAAUAAUAUUUAUGUAUGGAGUUGCUUU